AUGUCAAGCAUUUACAAUUGGAAUGUACCAAUCACGGUGCCUCCAGUCCAUGAUACAACGCCGUGUAUGGAUUACAUGAUUGCUUAUGAAGAGUGCUUAGUAGAUGCAGUUCCCCGCAAUAUGGAAGUCUUUCACCCUAAUUGGCCUACCAUGUGGCCUCGCCUUCUUACAGAUGGAAAACUAAGACCUGAUCUUUUAGACGACGAAACAGCAGAAAUUGGCCCUGUAAUGGACAGAGCCUUUACCUGGAUGAAGCCUCUCUCUGAAAGUGUAAAAGAAAAACUUUGGGAAUGCGAAGAAGAAAGAUUCCUCUAUAAAGGCUGCCUUAGAAAGCUAUUAUCCAAAAAAAAUGACCCUAGAACUAGAUAUCCAUUUUGGCAGCCUGAAGAACACUCCACUAAAGCACUUGGGAGACGUUUAUAUGUAGAUCCAAGAAAUAGAUAUCCAAGUGAUAUGAAUCAUGAUGUCAAAGAAAGCGACCAAGAUUAUGUCAGAAGACGAUGGGCUAAAUUUGUUGAGGAAGGAGGAGACUUAUAA